CACUGUCACCCCGCUGCCAGGCCCUGCCUGUCACCUCCCGCCUCCUCCAUCAUGAUGACGUCCCCGAGGCCGUGGCGCGUGCUGGUGGCCGUGGCCCUCUGCGCCCUGCUGUUCCUGGGCACGCUGGCGGCUGCGUACCCCCCCAAGCCCGAAAGCCCCGGGGACGACGCCUCCCCCGAGGAGAUGGCCAAGUACUUCUCGGCCCUUCGCCACUACAUCAACCUGGUGACGCGGCAGAGGUACGGCAAACGCGCCAGCCCUGAGUCCCUGGUGUCGGAGCUGCUCCUCGGGGCCAGCAGUGGCAGGUCACGGUACGACGAUGACUCCGCGUGGUGACCGACCCCCCCAGCCCCCCCGUCCCCCAAAUCCUCCCCGUCUCUCCGCAUCUCCCUAAAGGACCCGGGGCUCCACCGCAGGGUGGGUCCCAGCACCCGGGGCCAGCGUGGGCCCCCCCGCCGGGAGGGCCGGGGACCCCCAGAACCUGGCCCGGGGGUGUCCCGCUGGGGGGGGGCCCUGACCCCGUCUCCUCCCCACCGCUGUCAGGGGGGUCCCGCAUGGUCCCCCAGCGGCAAUAAAGAGUGCGA